AUGUCGCUAUCCCUCCCCGGGCCCUCCCAGCAGGGCCUCUUCAAGGCCGGGUACCAGAGCCACGACUCCGAAGAUGGAGCCGUCAUCCGCAACAUCGAGGCCUGCCAGGCUAUCUCGCAGACUGUCCAGACCUCCCUGGGCCCCUACGGCCGCAAUAAGAUCGUCAUCAACCACCUGCAGAAGAUGAUUUUGACCUCCGACGCCGCGACUAUCCUCCGCGAGUUGGAUGUCGUUCACCCCGCUGCGAAGCUGCUGGUUAUGGCCAGUCAACAGCAGGAUGCUGAGAUGGGUGACGGUACCAACUUGGUCAUCGUCCUGGCGGGCGAGCUGCUGAAGAAGGCAGAGGAGCUGAUCCGCCUCGGAUUGAAGACGAGUGAUAUUGUCUCGGGCUACGAGAAGGCCCAGAACUUUGCCUUGAAGGUCCUUGAAGACCUCGAGGUCGACCGGCUUCAGGAAAUGCGUUCAGUGCCAGAGCUCAGCAAGGCUCUCCGGACAGUCAUUGCCAGCAAGCAGUCUGGUACAGAGGAUACCCUGGCCGCUUUGGUCGCCGAGGCAGUGCUCGCCGUGCUGCCCAAGAACCCCCUCAACUUCAACGUGGACAACGUGCGUGUCGUUAAGAUCAUGGGUGGCAGCUUGGAACAGUCCAAGGUGGUGAAGGGUAUGGUUUUCGGCCGUGAGCCGGAUGGAAUUGUCAAGCAGGCCCGUAGGGCCAAGGUUGGCGUGUUCAGCUGCCCCAUUGACAUCUCGCAGACUGAGACCAAGGGUACUGUUCUGCUGAAGAAUGCCAAGGAGAUGAUGGACUUCACCAAGGGCGAGGAGGACCGCCUCGAGACUGCCAUUAAGGAGCUGUACGACUCCGGCCUCCGCGUUGUAGUUGCCGGUUCUACUGUCGGCGACCUCGCCUUGCACUACCUCAACCGCUUCAACAUCCUUGUGAUCAAGAUUCUUUCCAAGUUCGAGCUCCGCCGCCUCUGCCGCGUCGUCGGUGCUACCCCCCUCGCCCGCCUGGGCGCCCCCAUGCCCGACGAGAUGGGCCAGAUCGACGUGGUCGAGACGACUGAGAUUGGCGGCGACCGCGUCACCGUGUUCCGGCAAGAAGACGCCAACGCUGUGACCCGUACAUCGACGAUUGUCCUGCGCGGCGCCACCCAGAACCACCUGGACGAUGUGGAGCGCGCGAUCGACGACGGCGUGAACGUCGUCAAGGCGAUUACCAAGGACCCGCGCCUGGUGCCCGGUGCCGGUGCCACUGAGAUCCAGCUCGUCGAGCGCAUCUCCAACUUCGCCGACAAGACCCCCGGCCUGCCGCAGUAUGCCAUCCGAAAGUACGCCGAGGCCUUCGAAGUGAUCCCCCGCACCCUGGCCGAGUCCGCCGGCCUCGACGCCACCGAGGUCCUCUCCCGCCUGUACACCGCCCACCACCGCGCCAACACCGGCGAAGAGGAGGAGGGCAGCUCUGAAGAGGAGGAGCCCUACUGGACCACUGGCGUGGACUUGGAGGUCGGCAGCUCGGCCGGCACUCUGGACGCCGUGGAGGAGGGUAUUCUCGACCUGAUGGCCGCGAAGAGCUGGGCCAUCCGUUUGGCUAGCGAGGCGGCGCGCACUGUGCUGAGCGUGGACCAGAUCAUUGUUGCCCGGCAAGCGGGCGGGCCGAAGCCUCCUGGUCCUAACCCUAACUGGGAUGAGGAUUAA